AUGGAGUCUAAGCCAAGCUUACUGAGGAACAUUCUGGUUCGACUCUUUGUCUUCGGUGUUCUCAUCAUCGCCGUCCGAUUCGCCUACGUCGUCACCAUCAGAGGCGAAUCCUGCGAUCUCGGAAGCUUCUGCUUCUUUUCCUCGCCGGAAAAUCUCAACCUCGUGAUCGGCGUCCAAAAUCGCAGGUCAUCGGCGAUCAUUACAAACGACGCCGUCAACACUCCCGAUCUCUGGAACACCACUCUCUCUCCCUCUCACCGCUUCUCUCCUCCUCUCUCCAGAUCGACACAGCAGUGCCGAAGGGCGGCGGCGCAUGAUGGAUGUCACUGUCUGCGACGGAGGAUCCAAGAGUCGGCGAUGCGCUUCCAAUCUCUAUCCCAGACGCCGCCAUCAGCUGGAAACUUGCCACCACUACCGCUGCUCCUCCUCUGCCUCGCGAUCCUUGUCUCGCCAAACAACAGAUUUUCACACCCUCGUCCGCCGCCAGCCUUCUCCAGCCGUGCCGCUACUACUCCUCUCUCGAACCAGAGCUUUGUCAUCGAUGGCAGAUCUCUCUCCACCGCCACGAUGAACAACGGCAGUACUCAUCAAGCUGGGCCGUCAUACUGGGAUCCUCCUCCUCCUCCAGUAACAACAGCAGCAGGGAACUCCGAGAAAUGGGGGACCCACAUCAUGGGUGCACCUGCUGUACCCACUUCGCACCCCGCCAAUCAAAAGGCCGCCUUAUGGACUGCCGGAGGAGGAGGAGGAGGAGGCGAUCACUCCCAAGCCCAGCAGACCAACCACCCGUACCUCUACUACUCCUCAGUUGACAAGCCUAACACCACCACCAGUCCCAUGGAAUGUAUUCUCCAUAAGUUCAACUCCUGGAGCAAAAAGGCCGAGAUCACCUCCCACAAUAUCUGGAACCAUCUGAAAACAGGGCCAUCUGUAUCGGGAGCAGCGUGGGAUAAAGUGAACCUGACCGACAUUCAUGUAGCUUUUUGCAGCGAUCUGUCCCCUAUCCGUCACUGCACCCUCCGGCCAAGAGUCUUGGAGCUAUUACAAGGUUAUGGUACCUUUGGGCAAUAUCUGCGCCAUCAAUUGUGACCAUCUGGAGAUACUUUUCUGAUGGAUUAUCCCUCAUGAUCACUGGGUUGAUGGCGCAGAUAUUGCCCAAAGGUACCAUAACCUUGUAAUAGCUCCAAGACUCUUGGCCGGAGGGUGCAGUGACGGAUAGGGG